AUGAGUUGUCUUCUGCACUUCAUCUUCUUCCUUCUUCUUCCACUAGCAUCAACCGGUUGCCCUAACCGGUGUGGAAACGUACUGAUUCCAUAUCCAUUUGGAGUCGGGUCGGGUUGCUUUCUGGAGGCAUCCUUUAACGUCACUUGCAACACUUCUACCACACCUCCCAAACCGUACCUCAACAUUAUUAAUCUGAAGAUAGAAGUGGUUGAAAUAAGAGUUGAUAACCCGGCCUAUAUCCGGAUCAAGUACCCCUACCUGCUGUACGGAGUUUGCUAUCAUACAUCUUCAGGAAACAUGACGUGGACCGAUGGCUGGGGGAUUUCAUUGUGGGAUACCCAAUAUACGUUGUCGGAAUACAACUGGCUUAUCGCUAUCGGCUGCGAUGAUGCUCUGACGGCGUCCAUAUAUAAAGGCCAAGGCAACCAAACUUUCCGCUGA